AUCUCCCCUCUUGUUCCAUAAAUAUCUUCCACUCUGUUGAAUGGAGGUUAUUUUAGAUCGUACAUGUGGCGUGAGGCCUUGAGUCCUGCCAGUCUGCAGUUGAGUGACGCUCUUCAGAAACCGGUGGUUAUAACUGAGUUUUUAAAGUGGUCAUGUCUGAGCACAGUGAUCAGCAAUCAUACACAGAGGAGAUCGAUGAGGAUGAGAUUCUGGCAGGCCUGUCAGCAGAGGAGCUCAAACAGCUCCAGAGCGAGAUGGACGAAAUCGCUCCUGACCAGAGAGUGCCGGUGGGAAUGAGACAGAGAGAUGCUUCUCACCAGACGACAGUCCGAGACUCCUGUGAGUCACAAUCAGAAGAGGAAAUCGAUGAGGAUGAAAUUCUGGCAGGCCUGUCAGCAGAGGAGCUCAAACAGCUCCAGAGUGAGAUGGAAGAUAUCGCGCCUGAUGAGAGAGUACCAGUGGGAAUGAGACAGAGAGACCAAACUGACAAACCUCCCUCUGGAUCAUUUGAUCACAGAUCAUUGGUGGAAUAUCUGUACUGGGAGAAAAAGUCCAAACGCAUGCUGGAGGAGGAGAGAGUUCCCACAUCUCUAUUACCCAGCCAGAAGAAAAUGCUAGAUGAACUUGCAGUGAAAGAAGAAGAUAAAGUUGAAGAUGUGGAAUAUGUUUACGAGGAGAUUGUGGAGGAGGUUGAAGGCGUUGAGGGAGAUGUUGUUGUUGAUGAAGUGAUUGAAGAAGUGAUCAUAGAGGUUGAGGAAGAGGACAAUGGAAGAAGCGAACAGACUGCCAAGACAGGGUUUGAGGUAAACAGCCCCAAAGUGACCUCAGAAGAUGUCUUGAAGCCACCUCCAGAGUUUGCAGAUUCAAAAGGUGAAGCAAAGGUUGACCAAUCAGAAUGUACUGAGACUGAAUAUAAAACAAAUGAGGAGAAAAAAGCAGAUUCCCUCCAGUCUGAGCCUGCUUCCUCGCCAUAUGAGAACUGGGUUCCCGAGAAAGAGGAGAGGGUCAUAUCCAAGCUGAAGAUCCCAAAACUUGCCCUAGGUGGAAGUGGUCUCAUUAAAAAAACAGCAAGACCCUCUGGGAAUGAAACCAAUUUGGAGACCACUUUGGAUAAGAUCCGCAACAACAACCCCUCUGUGACUGAUAUCAACCUCAACAACAUUGAAAACAUUCCCAAAGAAAUGCUCCUCGAUUAUGUCAAUGCACUCAAGAAGAACAGACACGUUAAGACCUUUAGCAUUGCAAACACCGGCGCAGACGAAAAUGUGGCAUUUGCCCUUGCUAACAUGCUUAGAGAGAACAGAAGCAUCACCACACUGAACAUUGAAUCCAACUUCAUCACAGGGAAAGGCAUCGUUGCAAUAAUACGUUGCCUCCAGUUCAACGAGACACUUACCGAGCUCCGCUUCCACAACCAAAGGCACAUGCUCGGUCACCAUGCUGAGAUGGAGGUGUCACGUCUUCUCAAGGCGAACAACACUCUCCUGAAAAUGGGUUACCACUUUGAGCUCCCAGGGCCUCGGAUGGUGGUCACCAAUCUCCUCACUAGGAACUUAGACCGUCAACGGCAGCAGAGAAUGGAGGAGCAGAAGCUUCAGCAGAUGAAGGAGCAAAGAAAGGUCAUGGAGAUGUACGAGGAUUCUCUAAACUUGCCUCCAGGCAUGCUAGAAAUGUUAGGAGGCUAUAUCCCAAUGGCCCUGCUGCAGGGUUCUCAAGAAAUGGAUCAGGAGGUUCCUAAAGGUUCUCCAGAACCUUCACCACAACCAAGUCCUCCUCAGCAGCUCCGCAAGACACAUCAUCCUCCCCAACAGCAGUGUCCUCCCAGUUCAGACAAAGUAAAUCUUUUGAAGGAAGUGCAGCUAAAAAAGACUCCAAAACGAAGGGAUCCACUUCUGGAACUGAACUUUAGGGAUGAGAGAAAAGAGGGAAGGGCUAACGUUCAGCUGAGGAGUGUUCCUAAGCAAAGAAGCACAUCAAAUGAAGGACCUGUAGAAGAGAGAGCCAACCUUAAAGACAUGAUAAAGACUCUAAAGCCAGUUCCUCGAAGGCGACAGCCACCUAAAGUGGAGCUAACGCCUAGGGAUGAGUUGCUUAAUGAGAUUCGACAGAGCAACGUGGCCUAUCUCAAAGCGGUACCUUUACCAAAAAUCCUGGAGUCAAGUGAAACCAGUCUCUUCUGAACCACAGACAUGACUUCAGUGACGGGUGGGACAUUACACAGAUCAUGGAGAGAGUCUGAUAAAUGUGGUCAAACAAUUUCAUGGUGCUUCAAAACUCAUGGACAGACAGGUGUUUGUGCUCCCAUUAGGUUUCUUAUCACAUCUAUCAUGGAAUAAACCAGAAGUAAGCGAUUGCAUAAGAAGUACAAGCGAUAAUGUGAUGGGCAAUUUGAUGGGGUCCUGAACUGUAUAAUUUGACAAGCAUAUCAUAUAAGUUAUAUUUUAUAUUAAAGGAACAGUUCACCCCAAAAAAUUUGAAUUCUCUCAUCAUUUACUCACCCUCAUGCCAUCCCAGAUGUGCAUGACUUUCUUUCUUCUGCAGAACACAAACAAAGAUUUUUAGAAGAAUAUUUCAGCUCUGUAGGUCUGUACAAUGCAAGUAAAUGGUGACUAAAAUAUUUAAGCUCCAAAAAGCACAGAAAAGCAGCAUAAAAGUAAUCCAUGUGACUCCGGUGGUUUAAUACAUGUCUUCAGAAGCUAUAUAAUUGAUUUUGGGUGAGAACAGAUCAAAAUAUUACAAAAAAAAAAAAAAAAAAAGAUCACUGUAGGCUACAUCAUGCCAUUGCAGUCUCUAGGCACAAUCAUGAUUUCAAGUUCAAUUACACUUCCUAGUGCUUGACGCAUGCGCAGUGUGCUAGAUGGAGGAAGUGUAAUUGAGCUUGAAAUCAUGAUCGCCAAGGAGACUGCUGAAGUAAAGAUUUAUAGUAGCGGUGGGCGAUAUGACUAAAAUCUUAUAUCACGAUAUGACAAAUUUUAUAUCAUGAUAAUGAUAUACAGUAUAUCGUGAUAUAGUUACAUUUUUACAAUCAAUAAAAAUUGGUUUAUAUAUUAAAUAACCAUAUUAAAAUGCUGCCCUGUGAUGGACUAGUCACCUGUCUGUUUCCCUGCCUUCGACCCCAUACAGCUGGAAUAGGCUCCAGCACAACCCGCGACCCUGCAUAGGACAAGCAGCUAUAGAAGAUGGAUGGAUGCAUGGAUAUUGAAAUGCCUGUUUUUGAAUGAUCCAGUCAUUGAAUUACAUACUUUAUAAAUGAAAACUACUUUUACAUAAUUUUCUCUUUAUUUGGAACUAAUUUGGAAUAACCUCUGUAGAGAAUAUCUGAAACCAAAGCUGGUUUGUUUUCUAAUAUCUAACAUCAUUCUAACUGAAUUUUAUUAAGGGUGAUGAUGUAUAGUGUAAAAAUCUGCAUGACAGAUGACAUAAUUGGUGGCAUGACAGUGUUGGUUAGAAUGUUGGGCUCUCUUUCCGUUUGAGAUGCUAUACUUCCUCUGUAGCACUUUAUGGUAAAAAACUAAAAAUUCAAUAGAAUUCAAAUGGGUCAUGCAAGUUUUGAAAUUUGUGACGCGGACUGCGAAAGAGAGAAACUGGUUUGAGUAGUGCAAGUGAAAAGAAACAAUUCUGCAUUUGUUUUAUCAUUGUAUUUACUCCAGAUUAUUUUGGAAGGAUUUAGAAACCUUUAUUAAUAGAAAACUAGGAUGUGUGAUAGAAAUUUGUUUGUGAUAGAAAUGUGCUUUUUUAUUUUCAAAAUGACAUUUUGGAAUGUAAAGAACAAUUCUUGUGCAGUUAUUUAUUUUAUUAGGAAAAUACCAUAUACACAAGAAGAAAUGGGCUCUUUGUAAACCCAAUUUUUUACGUUUUAUAAAUGACUGAAUUAUACAUAAACCUUUUGGAACAAACUAAAAAAAGCACUGAAAACAUGUAAUGUUUUAAAAUAACUUAAUUUUGUGUAAGAAUUGUUGUCUGGCACCUUUAAUGUUGUUAAUAAUGUGACUGUUCAAUACCUCUUGUUCUUGUGGCAUUGAAUUAUAAUAAAAAAAUUAAAAUAAAAUAAAAUAAAAAGGUUAAGCCCUCUUUCUUCAAUUCUUUCAGUCUCACAUAAACCCGUUCUGCCUUCCUCCUCCAUUUCUCUGACAGAAUGUGUACCAUGUGCAUGUUAUGUGAAUACAAUGAAGUGCACAUUUCUUGCAAGUGGUGGCGGUUUUGUGUAACCGCAACAGAAGAUAAUCCAAAAUGGAGACCGGCUGCCAAAUUUCUACCAGUUUAUCGUGUUUAAUGGUAUAUCUCCCACCCUUAAUUUAUAGUGCAAAAAAAAAAAAAAAAAAGAGUUAUAUUAUUGUCUGUUCUCACCAAAAAUCGACUGGAUCACUUCUAAAGACAAGGAUGUCCAGGCCAAAAUUCCCCACAUUGGCCCUAAUCUGUCGUGGCCUCCUAAUAAUCUCCAUCCCUGAAUUGGCUACAUCACUCUACUCUCUCCUCUCCGCCAAUAGCUGGUGUGUGGUGAGCAUACUAUGGCACUAUGGCUGCCGUUGCAUUAUCCAAGUGGAUACUUCACAUGGGUGGUGGUUGAGGAGAGUCCCCCUAUACUAUGUAAAGCGCUUUGAGUGCCUAGAAAAGCGCUAUAUAAAUGUAAGGAAUAAUAGAUGAAAACAUAUGAGUCGUAUGGAUUACUUUUAUGCUGCCUUCAUAUGCUUUUUGGGAGCUUCAAAAAUGUUGGUCACCAUUCACUUGCAUUGUAUGGACCAACAUAGCUGAAAUAUUCUUCUAAAAAUCUUUGUGUGGUCUGCAGAAGAAAAAAAGUCAGACAUCUGGGAUGGCAUGAGAGUGAGUAAAUGAUGAGAGUUUUCUUUUUUGGGGGGUGAACUAUCACUUUAACUACUUUACUAGAUGUUGUGAAUAUCUGUG